UGAGUUGCACUGUUUGUUUGUUUUUAAUCAUUGCCAAAGCUGCUCUUUAAAAUGAAGAGAAAAAUAAUUCAACCUGAAAGAAAAGUUCGGUCUGCAGGAAGAUUGCAACAAUCCGAUCGGAAACCUAAGGAUUUAAACGUGCAUGCAAGAUCCCAGUGGCAAUGGACUUGGACUAAAAUGGGACUACUUUCUCUCUGCAUCCUCUCUGUAUCAAUACCACUUCUUCUGCAUCUCUUCUCUGACUCUAUUGACCUCAGCCGACCAUCAGAUAUAGGGCUCAAUCACACUAUAAACAUGUACCUCACACCUGAGGAGGGGGUGAGAGUGGGCGUGUGGCACACUGUACCUGAACAUAGGUGGAAGGAGGCGCAGGGGAAGGAUCUAGACUGGUAUGAGAAAGCUCUGGGGGACGGAUCGCCCAUUUUCAUCUACCUCCAUGGCAAUGGGGGUAACAGAUCUGCACCCCAUCGUAUUGGAAUUGCAAAUGUCUUGAGUGCUGUUGGAUAUCACGUUUUGGUGUUGGACUACAGAGGUUUUGGGGACUCCACUGGUGAACCUACAGAGGCCGGUCUGACUUCUGAUGCUGUGUACUUGUACCACUGGGUUAAGGCACGUAGUGGAAACAGCCCGGUGUGUGUGUGGGGUCACUCGAUUGGUAGUGGUGUUACGACUAACACUGCAGUGAAAUUACUGGAGCAAGGAAAACAGUUUGAUGGAAUUAUACUUGAGGGUGCAUUCGUAACCGGACAGAGGGCAAGAGAUCAACCUAUUGAACACCCUUUUACAUGGUUUUAUUGGAAGUUCCCAUACAUUCAGUUCAUCCUUUUCAAUCCACUUAAAAACAACAUUUUCGUCUUUCCAACCAAUGAGAAUUUGCAGAAACUUAGAACUCCCCUCAUGAUUCUCCAUGCUGAAGAUGACCAUAUAGUGCCCUUUGCCUCAGCUCAAGAGAUCUACAGAAUUGCAAAAAAGGCCCAGAAUUCGGAUAAGCGGGUCAAACUGGUACCAUUUGAUGGAGCGCUUGGAUACCUUCAUAAUGGGCUGUAUAAAGACCCUGGUUUGCCAGAAAUCAUAAGGGAGUUUGUGCAGUCACUGAUGACAUGAGAUACACACACACACACAGGAGGAGGGGGAUUUACACCAACUAAUAGCCAACUGUUUCAUAUAAUUGGUGUUGUAACUGUCAAUUUACAGUAUGCCCUUCUAGGAUAAAACAUUGUGAUUGUAAAGUAUUUUUUCAGAAUUCAACCAAUUAGAGUGAAUUUUAUUGUCUUGUUAA